AUGGGGCCAAUGCCAAAUCCCAGAUCUAAGAACAAGGAGAAAAUUCAACUGUAUCUCCAAAAGAUUUAUGGAGAAAGUUCAUCCUGUGCUGGGAGAGCUCUCAGGAAUAUUUUUACCCUACAGGCGUCUGACCUUAUUAAAGACAGGGUGUACCUUACUGGCAUUUGCAGGAGAAGCUGUGUUGGAUCGGAACUGGUAGACUGGCUUUUGGAGCAGUGCCCUUUUGUUAAGUGCAGGUCUACAGCAGCUGGAGUAUGGCAGCUCCUCCUGGAUAUGGGCAUUAUAUUAUCAGUGGACAGACAACUCUAUUUUCAAGACACUCAUGCUUUCUACCAGUUCUCAGCGGAUGAAUGUACCUACCUUUUCUGUGAAUUUGAGAAAGAGGAGGGAUGGAAGAAUGGAGUAAAGCUCCUACUUCAACUACUGCCAUUGUCUCCUCCCAGGAUUGACAUGUGCAAUCUGCCUGAUCAAAAAAUAGAAGAUACGGCAGAAACCAAUGCUGAAAUUCUUGCUCGUCUUACUUCUGCGGUACAGAGAGAACUGGCUGCUGUCAUUGCUUUGAAAGCAAGGAAGUCAGCCAUUCAUCAAAAUGAAGAAAACAGCAGUCUAGAAGUAAGAGGACUAGAAGAGCUCAAGGAUACCUCUGAUGCUCAGGCAGGGGUUUUGUGCAAGCUUCAGGGAAGAGAUGACAUCGGACGGAUUGAGCUGGUCCAGAAGCUGGCGAGAGAAAACUGCCAGUUUUUGCAGACGGAUAGAAAACCAGCGGAGAAGGCUGAACAA